AACAAGCAAAGGUGAUAUCAGCUUCUACACUGGCCUUAACCCCUUAUAGAACCCACUCAAGCACGCGCACACUCUUCCCUUAGAGAGAGAAAUUAAGAGAAAAGCAUCCAUAUAUCAUCGGAGUGGUUCUAGCAUUCAAAGCAGGAGAGUGGAGCGAGGUUUUGGCCGAUAAUUCAGACACAAAUAUAUAUAUUCUUGCUUCUUUAGAUUUGUUUUUUAUUGCAUGGUUUUUAAUUUUUUUCUUUCUUUUAUUAUUGUUACAAAUUAAAUUUUAGUAACCAACACAAACAAAGAUCGAGACUUCCUUUUGUUUUCACUUAAUUUGUGUGUUAUUUGUAUUUAUUUUCACUUAAUCCGAAGCUUUUUCAGAUUCUCUCUUUUCAAUCUUUCUUGCUGAAAGAUUGGCUAUGCUCGCGGGGUUGUUCAUCUGCUCUCACAAAGAUUUUUGGUAAUUUUUUUUUUCCUUUUAACUUGGUUCUUGAAAUUCCUCUAUCUUUUGCAGUUGUUAUCUGUAAGAUUUUGUUUUCAAACUAUGCUUUCUUGAAAUUCAAGAUUUGGGUGUGUAUCUCACUUUUUUUUCUCUCUCCAAAUCUUUGUUUUUUCCUUUAAAUUUUCUCUAAAUCUUGUUCUUCAAAACAGAAAUGGCAACAUAACAUAGAACCAAUCCUUGAAAUCUUUGUCUAAUAUGAGUUUGGUUUGAAAUUUCUUUUGAGUAGUGGUGUUCAUUUCAAGAGAGGUCCAAGAGGAUCCAAGCAAUUGGCAACGUGCAUAGUUAGCAUGCAAAUCAAGAUUUAGAUCUUUCUUUUACAUCUUUUUACAAAUGGGUUUGGAUUGUUGAAAAUUCUUGCAUUUACAAGAUUUAGAUGGAAGAUAACAAGAAUGGAUCAAGAAGAAGAAACCCAAAAGUGUGGCAAUAGUAAUAACAAUGGUGGUGGUUGUGGUGUGAACAUUGGAAAUAUAGGUAGAUCAUCCAAGAAGCAAAAGCAAAAAAAAGUUCCACAAAGAGGUCUUGGUGUGGCACAACUAGAAAAGAUCAGACUAGAAGAGCAACAAAAGAAAGAUGGAUCUACAAUCUUGACAUCAGCAUCAUCAUCACCACCACCCCCCAAGCCUUCAAAUCUCUCACCAUCAGUUCCAAUUCCAAAUUAUCAAUCUUAUUCAGCUUCAUCAGCCUCAUCUCCAAAUUCAAUACUUAGGCCUCAAAACAUUGAUACACUUGUUCAUUCUUUGGGUUGGCAAUCAGUUUCUGUUCAAGGGCAUGGAAAUAUGCCUAAGCUUUGGAAUUCUUGUGACUUUAAUCUUGAGAAGGACACUGCUUAUGGGAUUCAUCCUGAAUUGAGUUUCAGGUCCAGUUUCAAUUUGCCCUUUCAAUCCAAUUCCAUUUGGCCUCUCCCUAGCUUGAUGCAAAGAGCGCAAUAUCAGCCACCUCUUCCUCCUGCUGCUGCUUCUUCAAUGGUGAAUGUCCCAUCAAGUUCAUCAUCAUCUCUACAAAUUUUGCAUGUGGAGCUCCCUUCAAACCAAAGUUACUAUGGGAACUAUACACCUAUUUGGCCAGAGGAAGAAAACGUGGUUGGCCUGAAGAGGCCAUAUCCAUUUGCUCUAGACAAUCCUCCAGGGCCUUCUUUCCCCUGCAAGUUCCCUCCUGUUGUUCGCCCCAUUGGCAGAUCAGACGAAUCUGCUUCAUUUGCCAAUGGAGGCACAUUCAAUUUCAUUCCUGCCAACUCUAAUUUCAGAGAAGGUCCUUCAUGUUCUGAUUCAAUCUCAGAGCCUAAGCCUAAUUCCAAGAAAAUCAUAGAUGGGUUUUCCAGUGGAGAUUUUCUCACAUUAGGCCUUCCUACAGCUACGUCAACACGUCCAAAUUCCAACUUGAAGCCACCUUCAGCAUCUCUUGCCAUCCGCAACUAUGGAAACUUUGAUUUUGAUUCACUGCCUUAUCAAGUUAGCAUGGAAGAUCCAAGUAUUGAGCAAGGACCAAGUGUACCAAAUCAGCUGCAGCAUUACUGUAGCUUCCUGCCACCAGCAACUGUGCAAAUUGGGCAACCAACAAAGACCAUUAGCAAUUGUAGUGGUGAUGAAGUAGUAGAAGAAAAUCUUGAUCUCAGUUUGAAGUUGUAAAUCAUUAUACUAGAUUUUUUCUCCCCAUUAUCUAUGAUGUAUCAAUGGCAGGCCAAAUAUUUAUCUCAAGACAACAUAUAUACCAGAAACUACUGAUAAUUAUUAUCAUUGUACUUUUAUUUUUCUUUUUCAAAUAGAGUGAAUUUACAUUAAUAAUCUAAGUUUGGAUUCUAAUAAUUGUUUCUUGAAUGGAUAUAUGCAAAUUUACAAUGUUAAAUCUA